UCAACAACUUGCUCUGUGGUGUUAAACUGUCACAUUAUUUUGUGAUUACAGAUUUGUAUUUUGUGAACAAAAUAUAGUUUAAUGUUUGGUUUUACCAUUUAUUGAAAUUGAUUCCGUUUUAAGAUAAUAUAUCUUCUACCAAAAUAAAAAUGUCGUCACCCUUAGAAAAUCUGGAAACCCAACUAGAAAUGUUUAUUGAAAAUGUACGACAAAUACGCAUUAUUGUUAGUGAUUUUCAACCACAGGGGCAAAGUGUUUUGAAUCAGAAAAUUCAGUCUUUGGUAACAGGCUUACAAGAAGUGGAUAAAUUGAAGUCCCAGGUUCAUGACAUACAUGUGCCAACAGAAGUUUUUGAUUACAUUGAUCAAGGUCGCAACCCACAGUUGUACACAAAAGAUUGCAUAGACAAAGCUUUAGCUAAAAAUGAGGAGGUGAAAGGUAAGAUUGAUUCCUACAAACGCUUCAAGAGUCAUCUACUAUCGGAGCUUUCGAAAACCUUCCCCAAUGAAAUCACUAAAUACAAAGCAAUGAGGGGCGGAGAGUGAUUUAUAAAAACAUCACGAAAGCAAGUAUUAAGUUUCUCAAAAUAGAUGUAAUUUUAUAUUUAAGUUAUGUAUGUGUCUCAAUAAAAAACAAAACUCAAAA